AUGUGCGCCUUGUCGCUCGUGCUCCUGCAGGUGCUCUUCCUGAUGAUACCCGAGAGCGUCCGUCCUCAGCCCUCUCCCUCUCCGUCAGGGGCAAUGUCCACCUCUUCGGACUUGGGGCCAGGGACUCAGGGCGGGACCCUUCAGACCUCUUCGGAGGGAACUGGAACUCCUAGGGCCGUGCCUGGGACCUCUAUGGUCGGCCCUACUGUCGUGACCCCUUCAGAGCCUGAAAAUAGGACCAUGGACCUUUUCCCAGUCUUACCAAUCUGUAUCUGUGACUUGACGCCUGGUACCUGCGAUAUUAACUGCUGCUGCGACAGAGACUGCUAUCUAAUCCAUCCCAGAACAGUUUUCUCCUUCUGCCUUCCAGGCAGCGUGAGGUCUUCAAGUUGGGUGUGUGUGGACAACUCUCUUAUCUUCAGGAGUAAUUCCCCAUUUCCUUCAAGGAUUUUCACGGAUUCGAAUGGAAUUAGGCAGUUUUGUGUCCAUGUGAACAACUCAAAAUUAAACUAUUUCCAGGAACUCCAAAAAGUCAAUGCAUCCAACUUCCAGGCACUGGCUACAGAGUUUGGAGGCAAAUCAUUCACUUCUACAUUCCAAACCGAGUCGCCACAACCUUUUUACAGGGCUGGCGACCCCAUUUUGACUUACUUCUCCAAGUGGUCUCUAGUAAGCUUACUGAAGCAGCCUGCAGGACUUGGGGCCGGGGGACUCUGUACCGAGGGCAAUCCUGCAGGCUUCUUGAAAAGUAAAAGUACAACCUGUGCCCGUUUCUUCAAGAACCUGGCUAACACCUGCACAUUGGAUCCAGCCCUCAAUGCUGCCUCUUACUAUAGCUUCACAGUCUUGAAGGUUCCAAGAGGUAUGACUGAUCUGCAAAAUAUGAAGUUCCAGGUUCCUGUAACACUUGUCUCACAGGCUGAUUCUCCGCUGUUGGCUGGAAACACUUGUCAGAAUGUGGUUUCCCAGGUCAUUUAUGAGAUAGAGACCAAUGGAACUUUUGGAAUCCAGAAAGUCUCUGUCAGUUUCGGACAAACCAACCUGACUGUUGAGCCAGGCACUUCCUUACAGCAACACUUCAUCAUUCGCUUCAGGGCUUUUCAGAGCACAGCUGCUUCUCUUCCUGGUCCUAGAAGUGGGAAUCCUGGCUAUAUUGUCGGGAAACCACUCUUGGCUCUAACUGAUGACGUAAGUCACUCCAUGACCCUUUUACAGAGCAAGGGUGAUGGAACGUGCUCUGUUAGGAGACGUGAAGUACAGUUUGGAGUGAAUGCAAUGUCUGGGUGCAAGCUGAGGCUGCAAAAGGUGGGCUGCAGCCACUUGCAGCAAGAGAUGUAUCAGACUCUUCAUGGAAGGCCCAGACCAGAGCAUGUUGCCAUCUUUGGUAAUGCUGACCCAACCCAGAAGGAAGACUGGACCAGGAUCCUCAGCAGGAACUGCAGUGUUUCAGCUACACAUUGCACUUCUUGUUGUGUCAUACCAGUUUCCCUGGAGAUCCAGGUAUUGUGGGCAAAUAUAGGCUUCCAGUCCAACCCACAAGCUCAUGUGUCAGGAGCACGAUUCCUGUACCGGUGUCAGUCCAUAAAGGAUUCCCAAGUAAAAGAAAUGUCUUUGACAACUAUUGUGACCUUUGUGGACAUUACCCAGAAGCCAGAGCCGCCACGGGGCCAACCCAGAAUCGACUGGAAACUGCCAUUCGAUUUCUUCUUUCCCUUCAAAGUGGCAUUCAGCAAAGGAGUGCACUCUCAAAAAGGCUCAGUAUCUCCCAUCCUUAUCCUGUGUCUCUUACUACUUGGAGUUCUCAGCCUAGAGACUAAGUAACAAAAGGAGAAGAAUCAAAUUUUAAUUUUCCCUAUGGGAAGUCCUACGGCAGCCUACUUAUGUUGGCUAAUGACCAGAAAGUAUUUAGGAUGAUAGAGGAUCAUACUGAAAGAAUCUUUGUACAUGAGGGAAAAGCAAUAAAGAUAAUUUAUUCAUCCUAGCUCUCUGCUUAGAACUUAGAACAUGCU